AUGACAUUGAACCAAAAUGAACUCCAAUCACAUGCACGUCCGAGUUCUUACAAGCAGGUUGAACUCGUUAAAGUCACUCACAAGCAGGUUGAACUCGUUAAAGUCACUCACAAGCAGGUUGAACUCGUUAAAGUCACUCACAAGCAGGUUGAACUCGUUAAAGUCACUCACAAGCAGGUUGAACUCGUUAAAGUCACUCACAAGCAGGUUGAACUCGUUAAAGUCACUCACAAGCAGGUUGAACUCGUUAAAGUCACUCACAAGCAGGUUGAACUCGUUAAAGUCACUCACAAGCAGGUUGAACUCGUUAAAGUCACUCACAAGCAGGUUGAACUCGUUAAAGUCACUCACAAGCAGGUUGAACUCGUUAAAGUCACUCACAAGCAGGUUGAACUCGUUAAAGUCACUCACAAGCAGGUUGAACUCGUUAAAGUCACUCACAAGCAGGUUGAACUCGUUAAAGUCACUCACAAGCAGGUUGAACUCGUUAAAGUCACUCACAAGCAGGUUGAACUCGUUAAAGUCACUCACAAGCAGGUUGAACUCGUUAAAGUCACUCACAAGCAGGUUGAACUCGUUAAAGUCACUCACAAGCAGGUUGAACUCGUUAAAGUCACUCACAAGCAGGUUGAACUCGUUAAAGUCACUCACAAGCAGGUUGAACUCGUUAAAGUCACUCACAAGCAGGUUGAACUCGUUAAAGUCACUCACAAGCAGGUUGAACUCGUUAAAGUCACUCACAAGCAGAGUGAACUCGUUAAAGUCACUCACAAGCAGGUUGAACUCGUUAAAGUCACUCACAAGCAGGUUGAACUCGUUAAAGUCACUCACAAGCAGGUUGAACUCGUUAAAGUCACUCACAAGCAGGUUGAACUCGUUAAAGUCACUCACAAGCAGGUUGAACUCGUUAAAGUCACUCACAAGCAGGUUGAACUCGUUAAAGUCACUCACAAGCAGGUUGAACUCGUUAAAGUCACUCACAAGCAGGUUGAACUCGUUAAAGUCACUCACAAGCAGGUUGAACUCGUUAAAGUCACUCACAAGCGGAUUGAACUCGUUAAAGUCACUCACAAGCAGGUUGAACUCGUUAAAGUCACUCACAAGCAGGUUGAACUCGUUAAAGUCACUCACAAGCAGGUUGAACUCGUUAAAGUCACUCACAAGCAGGUUGAACUCGUUAAAGUCACUCACAAGCAGGUUGAACUCGUUAAAGUCACUCACAAGCAGGUUGAACUCGUUAAAGUCACUCACAAGCAGGUUGAACUCGUUAAAGUCACUCACAAGCAGGUUGAACUCGUUAAAGUCACUCACAAGCAGGUUGAACUCGUUAAAGUCACUCACAAGCAGGUUGAACUCGUUAAAGUCACUCACAAGCAGGUUGAACUCGUUAAAGUCACUCACAAGCAGGUUGAACUCGUUAAAGUCACUCACAAGCAGGUUGAACUCGUUAAAGUCACUCACAAGCAGGUUGAACUCGUUAAAGUCACUCACAAGCAGGUUGAACUCGUUAAAGUCACUCACAAGCAGGUUGAACUCGUUAAAGUCACUCACAAGCAGGUUGAACUCGUUAAAGUCACUCACAAGCAGGUUGAACUCGUUAAAGUCACUCACAAGCAGGUUGAACUCGUUAAAGUCACUCACAAGCAGGUUGAACUCGUUAAAGUCACUCACAAGCAGGUUGAACUCGUUAAAGUCACUCACAAGCAGGUUGAACUCGUUAAAGUCACUCACAAGCAGAUUGGACUCGUUAAAGUCACUCACAAGCAGGUUGAACUCGUUAAAGUCACUCACAAGCAGGUUGAACUCGUUAAAGUCACUCACAAGCAGGUUGAACUCGUUAAAGUCACUCACAAGCAGGUUGAACUCGUUAAAGUCACUCACAAGCAGGUUGAACUCGUUAAAGUCACUCACAAGCAGGUUGAACUCGUUAAAGUCACUCACAAGCAGGUUGAACUCGUUAAAGUCACUCACAAGCAGGUUGAACUCGUUAAAGUCACUCACAAGCAGGUUGAACUCGUUAAAGUCACUCACAAGCAGGUUGAACUCGUUAAAGUCACUCACAAGCAGGUUGAACUCGUUAAAGUCACUCACAAGCAGGUUGAACUCGUUAAAGUCACUCACAAGCAGGUUGAACUCGUUAAAGUCACUCACAAGCAGGUUGAACUCGUUAAAGUCACUCACAAGCAGGUUGAACUCGUUAAAGUCACUCACAAGCAGGUUGAACUCGUUAAAGUCACUCACAAGCAGGUUGAACUCGUUAAAGUCACUCACAAGCAGGUUGAACUCGUUAAAGUCACUCACAAGCAGGUUGAACUCGUUAAAGUCACUCACAAGCAGGUUGAACUCGUUAAAGUCACAAUGGAUGAGCCCCACCGCUGCGAGGCGGAUGAUGAGGGAGAGAACCUGAUCAAACACCACCUGCGGCCGCUGUAA